AAAGCAAUGCGGAGGUCCGCUCACUUGUCUGGCACGUGGCUGACCGUCCUAUCAAUCAAUCCCCUAGGCCGCUUGCAAAAUCUGAAUACCACUGCGCGCAACUCGCUGUUACCGCUUCUGCCUUGCAGAGAUAAAAUCGCCCAGGUUGCCGAUCACGCCACGUCCUGGAUGUCAUUCUACAAUGCUCUGUUUCCGCAAACAUUCGCGCAGCGUGCCAGUCCACAGCUUAUGGCACGUGCUCGCGGUCACAGCAUUGCAAAUACCUCGGAGAAAUGCCACUCACAUGCUGUGCGGACGUGUUAUACCUCAGUACGCUGAUCUUGGUUCAGGGACAGUAGAGCAGGCCGUAAUUAGCAGCGCUGACCUUGCUGAGAGUGUUGCUGGACUGGAGACGGUCCUGCUGUAUGUUCGCUUACAACUUGCUCGAGGUAACCUACGGGAUAUGUGGCUCACCUUACGGCGGGCAGUAGCCUUGGCUGAGCUCUACGGCUUACCCAACGCUGCGAAUCACUCAACGAACCAGCUAUACAGCCUUGAGGCAGAUUCGCAGCCAGCGGAGGCCGAAGUCUGGGAAGCGGUUUGCGCGACUGACCGGAACUGCAGCAUGAUGCUCAACUUGCCGGCAGGGACCGCCAGCUACGCUUUCCCGCGAGAUACAGAGGUGAUGCGGGAUGGUCAAGUAUCACCGAAGGUGUACAACUGUCUUUGGUCCAACAUCUGCCUCCGUAUAUUUGAGCUUGACAGGUCGUUCGUGCGUGCAGUGGACGAGGCUUACUACAUACAGCGAUGCAUUGGCAAUCGACCGUGAACUGUACGCAAUGGCAGCACGACCGCCGUAAACAUGGUGGUCUGCAGUCGAGACGCUGACACUCGCCGAACAACUUGUGCAAUUCUGGCACCAUUACUUGUUGGCGAGAGUGCACCUUCGCUUUGCAUCGACAAAUGAUGGUGAAGAU